GCUGCUCCUUAAAAGACCCCCUCGAUCAUCAUAUUGCUCCGCCUUCGUUCUUGUUUGUUAUGUCUGGGUUGCUCACGAUGUUUCAUCCCAUAGUCUUCAGUGUUGCAUGCUCACGCUCACAGGUCUUGCGAAGACGCUUGGCGUACCCUCCCUCUUUUGGCGCCCGCGGCCGCUCUUUGUCUGGCCGCAUCAGGACUCCUCGCGAGCCAAAACGGAGACCUCCAUCAUCCCGGCGAAACGAAGCGCGAGUGCAUCAUGCGCAAAGAAGGUGAUCUUCGGCCGGGGUACUCAAAGUCUCUGCAUGUACAUAAGAUGGGGCUCUGCUCGACCACCGGGCAUCGAACCCCCGCCAUUCCUUUGUGAUCUGACGUUCGUUACUUUUCUGACAUUCGUCGUAAAAUAUGCUGUUGCCGUCGCUGCUCAAGGCGGCGAUAGUCCUCGCAGCCUUCUGUAGGGUGGGCGUGGACGCAAGCUCGAGGAUGAAGAACAUGCACCAUAGGCUUCGUGAACAUCAAGACCAAACGAUGAAAGACUGGACGCGACAGCCUCGUUCAGAUGCGACUGGUGGACCUGGAACUGUGCAGAACAUUACUUUCUCGAACCCACAGGCUUCAGAGUUCUAUGUGGACGGUUCAAGUCUACCUGAAAUUCCUUGGAACAUCGGGCCAAGCUGGGCCGGUCUGCUGCCAAUUAGCAAUAACACGAAUGAAACUCGAGAGCUUUUCUUCUGGUAUUUCCCUGCUGGCCCGCAAGGUAGUCUCGAUGACCUCAUUCUCUGGAUCAACGGAGGCCCUGGAUGUUCGUCCAUGCAAGGCUUACUGCAAGAAGUCGGCCCAAUCUCAUGGGACAUCGGUCAGGCCAUACCACAUCCAAACGAGCACAGCUGGACAAACCUGUCGAGCAUAUUGUUCAUCGACCAACCAGUCGGCACUGGCUACUCACAGGGUACUCCGAACAUAGAGGAUGAAAAUCAACUGGCUGAGCAGCUGGUUGGCUUCCUACAGCAGUUCCUGAACGUCUUCACCGAGCUUAAAGGGAAGAACUUCUACACCACAGGGGAGAGCUACGCUGGGAUGUACGUUUCUUACAUCACGAACUACAUCUAUGAGAACCCCGAUGCCCUCGAACUCAACAUGACAGGAUUCUGGAUCUCUGAUCCCGUCAUCUCCUGGGACGUCGUCCAAGCAGACAUCCCUGCUAUGGAUUUCGUCCAUAAGUACCAUAACGUCUUCGCCUUCAACCAAUCGUACAUGAACGAGCUUGAUACGAAAGCCGCAGCCUGCCACUACACUGGCUACAUGGAGCAAUACGUCACCUAUCCUCCGAUUGGUCUCCUACCAUUGCCGGGCGGGAGCAUCUAUCCCGUCGAAGGCUGCGACAUGUGGGAGACCAUCUUCUCGGCUGCGUUGAAGAUUAACCCCGCUUUCAACAUAUACCGUAUCUUUGACACGUGGCCCGUUCCUUUCGACAUCCUCGGAUUCCCAGGUUCGUUCUUCGAGACACAGACCACACCCUACUUCGCAAGAGACGACGUCAAAGCCGCAAUACACGCACCAAUGGACGUCAAUUGGACAGUGUGCAGCACCGAGGCUGUAUUCGCAGGCAGCGGUGAUACUAGCCUCCCGUCUGCCAUGACCGUGCUGCCGAACAUCAUCGAGAAGAGCGAGCGCUCGGUCAUAGUGCACGGUCUUGCGGACUACAUCCUCAUGGCAGACGGAACGAGAAUUGCGAUCCAGAACAUGACAUGGAAUGGGCUGCAAGGUUUUCAGACGCCCAUCGCGAAUGAUAGCUUCAUCGUCGACGGCGUGGGCGCAUUGGGCAAUGCGCACUGCGAGCGCGGCCUGGCCUACGUCGAAGUCGCACUGAGCGGUCAUAUGGUGCCCGAGUUCUCACCGGUGGCUUCGUACCAGAUCAUGGAAUACUUGAUGGGCUUCAGGGCGAAUAUUUCUGCUGUAUGAGGCCUGGGCUGUAGGCGGCGACCGCUGAAGGUCGUGACAUCUGCUACAUAGUGAUUAUUGACUGUCAGCGUUUUCGUCCUACGCAUUCAUUCAAAUCUUGUGAGACGUGUCGUGUGUGCAAUUUCGGACACUGCUUUCAAUGAUUCAUGAUACAGCUGAAAUACUUAUCAAGAAGAUAGUCCUCCCCUGAUGGGAUAUCUACAUACAUUUCUAUGUACUACAUUCCUGCGCAUCCGAGUCUAGAC